UAUUUUGACGUUUUUGUUUUGGCUAUUUUCCAAGAGCAAGAUUUUAAAAUUACGUGUUCCCCAAGCACUGGGUAGAGAGUUUUAAAAGCAGCUUUUGCUGAAAAUGUAAUUAUUUUUCAAAAAACCAUCGCAGUAAUUUUAACAAACAUGGAGAUUCCAUACAGAAAGAUUGCGAUUUACAUUUUAACUUUCGUAGCUUAUGCCUAUACUGGCAUGGGCUCUAGUAUGUUAAGGAAUUUAAAAGAUGCGGUACUAUCGGCUGAGUCAGUUUUCGGAGAUAUGUUUAAGAAUGUUAUUACAGUGGCUGAAAAAUUCAAGUCAUUGCAUGAAGUUUUUGAUGCAGCAGUAGAAGAGGAAUGCAUAUUCAACUGCCCUGAAGGAUCUAGACCAGUGCGCAAUAGAAAUCAUAUUCCUAAAUCAGAUGGCUGUGGAUCUCUUGGCUUUGAGAUUGCAUCAGAAUACUUGCCAUUAGAAGAAAUGACUAAAUGCUGUGAUAGUCAUGAUAUUUGCUAUGAUACAUGUAACAGUGGUAAAGAAACCUGUGAUCUGGAUUUCAAAAGGUGCCUUUAUAACUACUGUGAUAGUUAUAAAACUGUGAAUGUUGCGGGGGACACAAUCACUAAAGGUUGCAAAGCUGCAGCAAAAUUAUUGUUUACUGGGACACUAACACUUGGUUGUAAAUCAUAUCUUGAUGCUCAGAAAAAUGCCUGCUAUUGCCCCCCGGCUAAAAACAAUAAGUAUAAGAAAUACCCAGGAAGUGGGGACUUAUAACAGGCUAUCUGUUUCACUUUUCUUAUAUUGUUAUCCAAAGACAUUUUUCUGCCAUUUUGUGAUACUUGUAUAGGAUUAUUUAUUGAAAUAAUUUGGGCAUAAUAUUUAUUUGAUGAGUGGGUUUAGUCAGUUUAGUCUUAAGUCCUCACUCAUUGUGAAAGUUUACCUUCUCAAGAGGAUUUUAGUUUAAACAAGGAUUAAAAUCUAGUAAGCAUAUAAUAUUAUGUAGUGUAAGGGUACAAGAAACAGUUCAUACUUUUAUAUAAAGAUAAAAUAAAAUGUGGUUUGCUUA